GUGACUCAUACACAGAACACCCACUGGUCAGGCUCACUUCAAGAAGAUUUAAAUCUUUCUUUUUUAAAGAACACUUCAACUGUACACCAUACCUCGCUGGACAGAAACUAAAGAGAAGUGUAAAAGUGACUCCAACCUCCGACAGAUGUCUUUUAAACACUUUAAAUCAUUGUAACCAUGUCUUCAGUCUGGCUUGUAUUGGCUGUCCCAUGGAUACAUACGAUUGCCUUGAUUAAAGUGGUUGAAGCAUCAUCAUGUGCUGAGGUAUACACUCCAUCAUCAAAACUGCCUGUCGGCUCGCCCAUAUCAGCGUGCUGCCGCAUUAAAGAUGACUGCCUGCUCACCAAAAGCACAGACCUCUGGCGUGUGAAGUGGGAACUUAAUGGCCAAUCCCUCCAUAGUAAUCUCUCUUACCAAGAGAGUAAUGGAACAUAUGGUGUACGCAUCCCCAGCUUCACAGACACAAGGGCAACUGUCGCUUGCUGUGUUUGUGACGAGGACAAAUGCAAUGAAGUCGGUGAAGUGACUGUCGACUUGGGAUAUCCUCCGGACGUCCCUAAGAACCUGAGCUGUCACCUGAAUGUAACAAAUCCAAUCAGACUGCUGUGUCACUGGGAUCCUGGUCAGGCAAGCAAAACAGCAAGCAGAAAUACAAACUAUACUCUUCACGGCAGCAGAAAAAGGUUUCCUCUCAGGUUUCACUAUGUGCUCCCUCCUGGUGUGCACUUCCAGUGGAUUCCACGUAAUAAUUUGAGUUUAUUUUCUGAGAUGGAGUUUUAUGUUAUGGCAGUGAAUGCUUUUGGAAACAGCACCUCAGCACCUCUGCUGUUAACCCCUAUGAAAUAUGCAAAGUUUGAGCAUCCUGAGAUUCAGUGGGUUGAAGCACAUAAGUUUGGAUGUUUUCUGUACAGCUGGUGGCUUCCAACGACUCAGUGGCUGAAGGUGACCUGCAAAGUGGAGUUGAGACUGACAAUAGUGCAGAACAAGCUUGACAAAGAGCUGGUUUUCCUCAAGGAAGGACCACCACUGAGAAAAAUCCAGGUGUGUGGACUUCUUCAUGGUACAAAUUACAGCACCAAAAUGCGAAUUAAGUAUUACAAUGGAUCAUGGACUGAAUGGAGUGAGCAGAAAGUAGCUACCACACUUAAAAAAGCACCGACUGGCCGUCUGCACACAUGGCUUAAAGCACAGGACAAUAAUGAAACCGCACAUCUGUACUGGAAGCCGUCACCACAGUUUCAUGCAAAUGGCUGGAAUCUUGCAUACAUUGUUGAAUCAAAGGAACCUAAAAAGGUGUUGUGUGUUACACAAGAAAGCCACUGCUCUGUCAAACUCACCAAGAGGCUUAGAAAGAUCUACCUGAGAGCUACUAAUGAAAUGGGAAGCUCGAAUCAUACUGUAGUGCCUGUAUAUCGGAAAAAAGUACUGGGGGCCGUUUUUAAUUUCAGUGUGCGUCCACAGUCGGAGACAUCUCUGCUGAUCACUUGGGAGCGUCCGGUGUCUUCCCAGUACAAGGGGUACGUGCUGGAGUGGAGAUCUCUGAUCGAGAAAGAUGCAGCUCUCCUGUCAUUUGAACUGUUGGAGAAAAACAACUUGAGUAUUGUAGUAACAGGUAUUAAGCCUUACACGCCCUAUGAGAUUUCUAUUUAUCCCAAAUACGCAGGUGGGACUGGACGUCCUUCUACUGUGACAGCAUACAGCAGUCAGAAAGCACCCUCUGUGGCUCCAGAGUUGAAAUUUCGUCAAUUACAUCCUUCACACGUGAAAAUAUUCUGGGUAGAAAUCCCCCUGGAGCAGAGAAAUGGGAUUAUUCAAAAAUAUACAAUUCACUUCUGGGAUGACAGAGGGCAUAAUCAAGUUAAAGAGACAAAUCAGACUGAAGUUUUGGUGAAUCUUCAGCAAAAUUCUACAUAUUACUGCCUUAUAACGGUUCAUACAUUGGGAGGAAGUUUGAAUGGAUCUGUCACAAUCCUGAAACCUGGACAUAUUGAUGGCAUUGAGAUGUUGCUCAUCGUAAUUCCUGCAUGCGCUGGCUUCUCACUUCUCAUGAUCAUUACUGUGUUAACCUGUUUUAGCAAAAAUGAACGGUUGAAGAUGUGUUUGUGGCCCAUAAUUCCCGAUCCAACCAAAAGUAGUAUUAAGAGGUUGACCACAACUGAAUCAUUGCUGGGCACGCCCCCCUUUAAAGAAUACAAGGACCCUGUGCUGGUGUAUCUGUCCCAAUUCAGUCUUCUAGAUGUUUCUGAGAAAGAGCAGUACAAGACUGAUUAUGUUAAGGAGAACCCGUGGUCACAUGACAGCGGCAGCAAUGUUGAAGGUCACGACUCAUUGCAGGUCUUCAGCAGUUACGACUCAGAGCAGGACAGGGACUCUAUCCCUUAUGCCACUGUUGAGUUCGGGUGUCCGUAUCAAAGCCAGCGAUCCCCUCCACCGGUCUACAUGCGCUCAGAGUCCACUCAACCCCUUUUAGGGGUGGAAGACCCUAGGAGUCCCCCACCCUAUGAGAAUAUGCCAAUCGGAGGGAGUGUUUCUGAAGUUAACCACUUCAAUAGAUUCCCUCAGGAUUCUGCUGAAAACGAGGAGAAUCAAGCAAUUUGGGAAGAUUUUCCGAUGCUCAGAUCCUUGGAGUUUAGGGAGACUGACCACAUCUCAACUCAAAGUCAAUAAAUGCCUGUUUAUGUGCUUCUUAUAUAAGGAUAAGAUUGAAUGUGUGUUUCUUCUUUGGAUGCAUUUUUAAUUAUGGAAAGAAACAUACAGUUGCCCUAAAAGUAUUUGUACACUUAGUACACUUAAAACAUUUGAAUGUCAUUGCAAUAUAUUACAAUUAAGAAGAACAAGAAGACAGCUCAAGCAUACAUCUCUAGUAAAGUUUUUGGGUUCGAAAUUAUGAAAUUAUACAUAAGUGUCAAAUCGGAUGUAUACGAUGUGAUAUGAUUUAUUAUGAAAUGUGAAUUCUACAAUUAAUCUAAUAUAGUGACAUGCAGACAUUUUAAGUGUCGCUGAAGUGUUUAUGUAAAGGGAAUAUGUUAAGGACAGAAUCGUAUAACGUAUAGGUUUUUUUGGCAUUUUGAGUAAAUCAUUUCAAUUAGAAUAUGGAAAGAAGCUUAUUACAAAAGGAGCACAAAUGAAAAUUGCAAUGAAAUAUUGCUGUUUUUUUUAUUGAAAGAGAUGAUAUUGUUUGUGGAAGUCAUUCACAGUUACUUAUUAUUACUUUAUAAAUGUUACAUGUUUUUGCUGUAUUUGUUCACUAUUUGUUUGUUUCCAUGGUGCUUAAAAUUCAGUGAUUUCAUGCAUGUGAAUAUUUAGAAUAAACAAUGUGGCUACAUCUGGCAAAAAUUGUGACACAAGAUUAUAAUUGAUGUUAAAACUGUAGUAACAAUACAGGAAAACCAAAACAAUGGUAAACUAUCAUUAGUUUUAUCAUUAGUAACAUGGUUGAAAUAAUUAUUUAGCAGAAUUAUUGUGAUUUUUAUUAUCAUAGGUUUGUUUUUUCAGUAUUUGCACUAUAGUUUUACCACAAUUAUCAUGGUUAAAAUAUAGUUGCUGUUGUAAAACCAUGGUCAAUUUUGUGGUUAAUAUGGUUUUACUACAAAUACUGUACAAAACUUCAACUAUGGUUACUGUAGUAAAACCAUGGUAAAUUUUCAUGGAAAGGAAAGGCAAAUCUACUGCAAGGAACCCCCAAAACGUUUUGUGAGGGAACGCAAAACUAUUUCAGAUGGGAAAGAAGUUACCUUCCUGUCCUCUAAAGGGGCUCCGUAGAUGUACAUUUCUUGAAUUUAUAUCUCUUAAAUGCAAGUUGGCUCAUUGUAUUCAGUAUGUAUGUAAUGUUUGUUCAUGUGUGCCUUUUUAGAUGAUCUGUGCCUUUUUAGAUACUCAACAUGCCACCUCAUAAGUAAAUCAUUUAUAACACGUUUAAGGAAUGUUUCACCAGUUUAUGUUCAUAUGUUGCUAAAUCACUAUUUUCACUCCGGUAAUUGUGUUACACUGUAAAAUUAUUAAGUAUAAAGUAAUUAUCUUUUGCAUUAGAUCUAAUAUUCUCUUUUCUGUCCAUUAGCAAUUUGUAAUUGUUGUGUUGAUCUUUGCUUUGUUUUUAUGUGGGACAUUUAUUUUCAAGUUGUAAUUGGCUAUGUUGAGGAUAGAUUAUUAUCUCAAGCACUUUUGUUACUGUGUAUAGUAUGUGAAUGUUCUGUAUGCUUACAUUUAAAAAAAAAAUAUAUUAAAUAAAAUAGAAAUACU